AACUGCAUAAAUAAAAGGGGGGCAAUAACUGGAGAGAAAGGGAGAGAGAGAGAGACAGAAGUGAAGAGGGGAGAGAAGAAGAAGUAGUGGUCACUGCAGACAGAAGAGAAGAUCAAAAGAGAUCGGGCGAUGCAGCACAAGAUUGGAGGGCAACAACAAGAGCAGCAGCAGCAGCAGCCAGCAGCAGGAAGGGCAGAGCAACACCAACGGCUUCCACUACUCCUCUCCCUGAUCUGAUCUCCCCGAGCUUCGUCUAGCUUCCUAGCUCCACCGCCCAAUCGAGCGAGAAGGUGGAGGGGACGCCGGCGGCGGCCAUGGACGACACGCUCAAGUCGCUGUCCAUGGACUACCUCAACCUGCUCAUCAACGGCCAGGCCUUCAGCGACGUGACCUUCAGCGUGGAGGGCCGCCUUGUGCACGCGCACCGCUGCAUCCUCGCCGCGCGGAGCCUCUUCUUCCGCAAGUUCUUCUGCGGCGCUGCGGCCGACCAGGCUGCCGCCGCCGCCGCAAGCGCCGCCCCGGGUGCGCUCCUCAUGGACCACCUCAGUCCGCGCUCCCCCUCCGGCGCAUCGGCCUCCUCCCCGCGCGGCGGCGGCACGGGCUCCGCUGUGGCGCCGGCGCCGGGAGCAGUGAUACCGGUGAACUCGGUGAGCUACGAGGUGUUCCUGCUGCUGCUCCAGUUCCUGUACAGCGGGCAGGUGUCGCUGGUGCCUCAGAAAGGGGAGCCACGUCCCGGCUGCGGGGAGCGCGGGUGCUGGCACACCCACUGCGCCGCCGCCGUUGACCUCGCUCUGGACACCCUAGCUGCCGCCCGCUCCUUCGGCGUCGAGGAGCUCGCCAUCCUCACCCAGAAGCAGCUGGCGGGCAUGGUGGAGAAGGCAUCGAUCGAGGACGUGAUGAAGGUGCUCCUGGCGUCGAGGAAGCAGGACCUGCACCAGCUCUGGUCCACCUGCUCCCACCUCGUCGCCAAGUCCGGCCUCCCGCCGGAGGUGCUCGCUAAGCACCUUCCACUCGACGUCGUCGCCAAGAUCGACGACCUCCGCCUCAAGUCUUCCAUGGCACGCCGCUCCCCGUUCCUCGCCCACCACCAGCAGCACCAGCACCAGCACCACCAGGGCUCCGUCGUCGAGGCCUCCGCCGCCGAGCUCGACGACCACCACAAGAUCCGCCGCAUGCGCCGCGCGCUCGACUCCUCCGACGUGGAGCUCGUCAAGCUCAUGGUCAUGGGCGAAGGGCUCAAUCUCGACGAGGCCCUUGCGCUGCACUACGCAGUCGAGAACUGCAGCCGGGAGGUGGUCAAGGCCCUCCUCGAGCUCGGCGCAGCCGACGUCAAUCACCCGGCUGGGCCAGCAGGCAAGACGCCGCUGCAUGUCGCGGCCGAGAUGGUAUGCCCGGACAUGGUCGCCGUGCUGCUCGACCACCACGCUGACCCCAACGUGCGUACUGUCGACGGCGUCACGCCGCUCGACAUCCUACGCACGCUCACCUCCGAUUUCCUCUUCAAGGGUGCCGUGCCGGGGCUCACCCACAUCGAGCCCAACAAGCUCCGUCUUUGCCUCGAGCUCGUGCAGUCUGCGGCAAUGGUCAUGUCCAGGGAGGACGCGGCCGGCAAUGCCGCGGUGCCCAUGUACAGCGAGCACCAGCACCAUCCCGGCAGCGGUGGUGGCGGCGUGUACAGCGGCGCCGGUGGUGCGAGUACAAGCAUGAACCUGAGCUUGGACAACAGGAUGGUGUACCUGAACCUAGGGAUGGAUGUGAUGAAUCACGGCGACGACGACGGCGGGAGCAGAUCAGCGCAAGGAGGGCCGUCCUCCUUGUUCUCCCCACAUGGCUUUCCAUGAGACACAUGGCUGCUCUACUAUCUCCUUGUAAGCUUAGAACUAAUUAAUCACAUGUUAUUUAAAUCCACAUUAUUACAGGACAUCGAUCGAUGGGAAUGCAUGAUCAGAUGAUCCUUUUGGGCUGUUGGUUAGUGUCUUUUGCAAAGAGAUCAUGCAUGCAUGGGUUGUGAAUUGCAA